UUAAUCAUAUCCCCAUUGACGGUUGGAGUCGAGAUAGAGGAAGCCGCGGUAAGAGAAAACCGGUUGUGAGUAUAUCGGGGAAGGGAGAAAAGUACUGUUUAUUUCGUAAUAAGGACACGAGAAGUUUGCGAAAACGUCUGACCGAAAGGGAAGUAUUUACAAAUUGGAUAUUUUAAACUAAACUAAAAUUGCGGGGAACAUAACCGAACAGUGUGUUGGAAUCAACCGAUUCUUAACUUGCUCGCAGCCUUUAUCAUCCAGUCUCAAGUGAUCAGUUUGUUAUUGUCAAGGAAUUUACGGUUAUAUUACAAGAGAAUAAUAUAAGUGGAUACUGUGUGAUAAAGUGGAUACGCUAUGCGGAUUUAAAAUGUCUGGAGGUUCCUAGCUAAAAUUCUGUAUUUUUAAUUUUAAUUUUGUUUAUUAUUUGAAAGGGUGACACGAGUGAAACUCGUCACGCUUACCUUGUCGAACGUCUUCAAAAUGGCGACCAAGUGCAAAUUAAUGUCUCUAUGUGUCCUUAUUCUACAUUCCAUAUCAUAUUAUUGUGUUGUAUCCAGUAAUCAGCUUCAUAACAUAGAUUCACUGGAUGUUUUUGAUAUAAAAUCUCCCAUAUUUUCACAUAAUAUCAGACAUGGUCGCCAUAGAUUAAAAAGAGAUGUGACCACCAAACAAGUUGAAAGGUCCAUCCUAGAAAAUAAAACCAACCCGAUUUUAGAACUCCGGGGAGAUGUAUCUAAUCCGGAGUCUAGAAUUUUUACCUUCGCGGAUUCCUCUUUUAAGAAUUUGUUCACGGUUGAUUCUGAAGGCAACGUAGGAGUAGCAGCAAAUCAGAAAUUGGAUUAUGAAAACAGUGAUAUGAGAGAGGUUACACUGCGGGUCAAUGCUACAAGUAGAACAGAUUCAACAGAUGUCGUUAUUAUUACUGUUAAAAUACGUCUACAGAAUGUUAAUGAUGAAAUUCCUGUUUUUAAAAAUCAACCGAAACCAUUCUUCGCUGUGGUUCCACAAGGUGCUAGACAAGAUAUUAAAGUUUAUGAACUAGUUGCUGAAGAUCCCGAUGGCAAUCGAGUAUCGUAUUCUCUUAAUUCAGGAGCAGAAAGCCGGUUUAUUGUGAGAACAACUGCUACUUUUUCCGAUAGGCUGAAUCGUAAUGUUAUAGUUGGGGAAGUCCGGACCGUGGGAUCUGGCACGUUUUCACGGCCAGAUUACCAAUUAGUGAUUCAAGCAGUGGAUACCACAGACACAACCCAGGCAGCCAUAGCUACUGUUUUCGUUCGAGUCGGCACACGAAAUCCACAGUUUUAUGAAGAUUCUUAUACUGGUAAAAUACCGGAACAAGGUGCUCCUAAUCAACUAUUGCAGAAUCAACUCAAGAUUCAAGCUAUUUCCUUUCAAAACAAAACCAUAACAUACGAAUUAUUUAAAGGUGGUGUAAAUAAUACGGAUCCGUCUCCAUAUUUCACCAUUGACAGACAGACGGGUGAGAUUAGAACUACCAGCACCCUAACAAGAAAAGAUCUUGACUACGAUAUAGCAGAAAAGAGUCAAAGACCACCAAAAUUUCCCCUAACUGUAAGGGCUACCGAAGCAGAAACAGGCCUUUUCAGUACUACUCCUUUGGUGAUUGAAUUAAUCGAUAUUAACGAUAAUAAACCGAUAUUUGAAUAUUCAAGAUAUCAGAAAAUUAUUCCAGAAGACUUUAGAAUUGGCAAUUCUAUUUUACAAGUGAAAGCUGUUGAUCAAGACUCUAGUACCAACUCUGAGCUGGUAUAUUCCGUUGAUGAUGGUAACUUUACUAUAGAAACAGUCAAUGAUGUAGAUCAAGGUUACAUCGGUAUCAUCCGAGUCAAAGAACGAUUAGAUUAUGAUCGUAUCGUUGGUCACAUGUACAGUUUUACAGUUGUUGCGUCUGAUAAAGGUAGUCCCGUACAGACAGGUAUAGCUAAUGUACGUGUUGUUGUAACUAACGUAAACGAUGAACCACCAGAGAUAAAGAUUGACGACUCCAUUGUAUUCAGUGUGAGAGAAGAUGCCAACAUUAACUACGUCGUAACUUUUAUACAAGCUACUGACCUGGAUGGUGAUCGAGUCAGAUUUUUCUUCUCACCUGAUAGAGAUGAAUCAGGAAUUUUCUCAAUUAAUCAAGACUCUGGCCUUAUUCGUCUUAUACGACCUGUUCCUCCAAAUAUUGAUAAGUAUGUUUUGAAUAUCACGGCUAAGGAUGACGGAGCUUGCUGUGGAAGUACUAUAUCGUUGUCGAGUGAGGCGUAUUUAGUAGUAGAAAUCGUUGAUGUAAAUCAACAUAAACCAUCUUUCGUCGACUGUUCAGAUUAUAACGUUGCUUCUGUACUGGAACAUCAACCCGUUGGUACAAAAGUUAUAACGGUUAAAGCCAUAGAUGAGGAUCGAAAUGAAAAUGGACGAGUUACAUACAGUAUUUUACGGGGGCAAAAUCAGUCACCACGUUUUAAUAUCAAUGUGGACAAUGGAACAGUUACGACUAACGUGGAGUUUGAUCGAGAAACAACUCAAUCAUUUACUUUGACAGUAAAAGGCAACGAUCAAGCCAAUCCUUCUUUGGAAGGAUACUGUACAUUUACUGUAAACAUCGGAGAUAUCAACGACAAAUCACCAGUAUUCGAUCAACCCGAAUAUGCUGUGACUAUUACAGAGGAUUACCUGCCUGGACGUUCAGUAGCUAACGUACGUGCUGAUGAUGCAGACAUUGGUGAUAAUGCAAAAGUAGAAUAUUUCCUGAUAUCGAAUCCCGAUGAUAUGUUUAAAAUAGAUCUGGAAGCUGGUAUUAUCUAUCUUAACAAAUCAUUGACCGAUAAACUUUCGUAUCCUCUGGUUGUCAUGGCGAAGGAUAAAGGAGUACCACCUUUAAACAAAACAGCAAAUGUCGUUAUCAAGGUUGCCGAUAUUACUAGCAAACCCCCGACAUGGAACUCAAAUGAUUAUUCAAGAACAUAUGAUGUCAGUGAAACGGCGGGAAAUGGAUUUCAAGUGGCCGAAUUUUCUGCUACAUCAAAUAUUGAUAAUCCUAAUCUUGUCUUUUCCUUAGUUAACAAUGACGGUAAUCCUACUACCAUCCUGGAACCGUUUUCUAUUGAAUCAAGUGGUACCACUGUCAAAUUACUCGUACACAGUUCACUGGAUUAUAAUAUCAAGGAUUUGUAUGAAGUUAGAAUUCGGGUCACGAAUUUAAAUCCUACGCCACGAAACAGUCAUAUUUCACCAAAAAUAAGAUUACUUGAUAAAAACAAUAAAGUACCAUAUUUUGUUGGAAGAGAUCAAGCUAUUACUAUGUAUCCUGGUAGUGUUGCUGAAAAUAUGGACCCUGGUCAAGUGGUCAUUGAUGUUAAAGCUUUUGAUGAUGACUCUUCUUCUCCUUAUAAUGAUCUAACCUUUUCGUUGGAGCAAAAAGAAAAUGUUUCAAAUUUGUUCCGAAUAACAAAGGUUGAUCAAAAUACGGCUCGAAUUACCACAGCUGUUAGUUUUGAUAGAGAGAAACAGCAGACGUAUUUUCUUCAAGUGAAUGUCGUAGAUGGUGCCCCAUCUGACAUACCUAAUCAUACACCGCCUGGAACACCUAAUAAAGCUAGCGCCAUUGUUCAAGUUAUUAUCACAGAUAGAAAUGACAACAGUCCAUUUUUUGAGCAUGAUUUAUAUAAUGCUUCUGUUAAAGAAGAUGCUGGCUUACAACAUAGCAUUAUAAUGGUUACAGCUCAAGAUCCUGAUACAUCUGAUAUAUUGACCUACUCUAUUAGUCAGGGGAAUAUUAGAAGUGCCUUUGGUGUCCAGUCUAAAAAAGGAAUCAUAUAUGUUGCUAGGCAACUAGAUUUUGAAAAUGGGGAAGAGUCCUUUGAUCUGACUUUAGUGGCGAGCGAUGGCCUUAAUACCAGUCAAACCCGAGUUCAUAUCGAUGUAGAAGAUGUGAACGAUAAUAGACCACAGUUUUUAAAUCAAACGUAUACCAUAGCUAAUAUAGUAGAGGAAGAUACAACUAUAACACCAAACAACAAACGAUGGCUAACUACGGUUUCAGCUACAGAUGCAGAUAGAAAUAGACCCAACAAUAUCCGAUAUUCCUUAUUAGGAUAUGGAACGGAUGGUGUUGGAAAAUCCUUCGAUAUUAACCCAGAAACUGGAGAGUUAUAUUUAUUAUUGCCCCUUGAUAGAGAUUUACCAGACGGAAGGGCCGUUUAUCAGUUUAAUGUUCGAGCUAUGGAUGAACCUCAGAACCCAGAUAGUGCUCAAUAUGGUUUUGCCUCGGUUCAAGUAAGGCCUUUGGAUAUUAACGAUAAUCAGCCGAUCUUUCAAGAGGAUAUGUCCGGAACAGUUGCUGAACAUUCUCAAAGAGGUUCGGUGGUUAUGUCCGUCCUGGCUCGGGAUUACGAUUUUGGAGACAACGGAACUGUUGUAUAUGCAAUAUACACACCACAAGUUACCGAUACUAAUUCCAACAUUUUUGCCGUCAAUGCCGAGACUGGUUUAGUGACGACUAAUACCGGACCAGAGGGCUUAGAUCGCGAGACGCUAGCCGUAUAUUCAAUUAUCAUGACAGCACACGACAAGGGACCUAAUCCGGAAACUUCCACAACAACAGUUACUGUUACUCUAACUGAUAUUAAUGACCAGGUUCCCGUCUUUCAACAAAAAUAUUACAAUGUCACGAUGUCGGAGGCUCAGGCAAGUGGGGAAAUCGCUUUAGUACGUGCUACAGAUAAAGACAUUGGAGAGAAUGCGAGAUUGGAAUAUUCCUUGGCUCAACAGGAUCGUACUUACUUCCAGGUGGUUGGCGUCAAUAAUGAAGGAAGUAUUGUUGUCUAUAAGAGAGUAGAUUAUGAAAACGUUAAUGAGCGACAGUUUAACCUGACAGUAACGGUACAGGAUAACGAUCCUGCUCAUACAGACACAGCUUACGUUCACGUUACUGUCGAAGAUUUCAACGAUAACGCGCCAGAAUUUCAACCCAAGACAAAGUCGAAAACUGUCGACGAAAAUGUCGCAAUUGGUACGGUGUUGGAAACCUUUACUGCAACAGAUGCCGAUUCUGGAAGAAAUGCAGAGUUUAAAUAUAGUAUUGAUUUAGCUACAGAUAAACGAAGACAGUUUGCUAUAGAUGAAUCAACUGGUGUUGUAACAGUACAACGUCCUCUAGAUAGAGAAACUGUGGAAGUUCAUUACAUUAACAUACUGGCUAUUGAUGAAGGUGAUCCGAAAUUAACAGGAACUGCCAGCUUUAUCUUGACAUUAAACGACAUCAAUGAUAACUAUCCUAUCUUUAAAGAAGAUUAUCGGCCAGUUGUACCAGAAAAUUCGAAAACUUUCCCUUCUUUGGUUAUUAAUCUCCAGGCUAAAGAUUUAGAUACUCCACAAUUUGGUGCACCGUUUGGAUUUGCUUCGGCAAAAUGUACCGAUGGCACGGAAGUAUGUCCCUGUCCUGGAAAACCAACUUGUCAAUUCUUUAGUUUAGAAUUUGAUCCGAAUGGAGAUAAUGGUGAUGGUGAGGGUAUAGUUAAAACUAAGGCCGAAUUUGACCGUGAAAAUGUCAAAUAUUAUUAUAUGCCUGUUGUAAUGUGGGAUAUGAGAGAUUCUAACGAUCCACGAGCUCAAACGGGUACCAAUACAUUAACCAUUGAAAUCGGGGACGAGAAUGAUAACAAACAUGGACCAGGACAUAAAGAUAUAUUUGUCUAUAAUUAUGAAGGUAAAUUUGGACCGAUAGAUAUUGGUAAUGUUUACGCGACUGAUCCUGAUGAUUGGGAUGUUGUUGAUAAAACUUUUACAUUUUCCGAACCAGCUUAUAUGAAAGAAUAUUUCACUGUAAAUGCAGAAGAUGGCAUGAUAACAAUGGCUAAAGGCGUACCUGUAGAUAAAGACUACACAUUCAGUGUUAAUGUUUUUGAUAGAAUUUGGAAUCUUAAUGCAGUAUCUACGGUAACUGUUACCGUGAAAAACUUAUCAGAAGAAGCUGUACGUAAAUCUGGUGCUAUGAGACUCACAGGUACAACUGCCGAAGAAUUUAUGGACAGAGAAAAGAAAGCAGGAGACAUAACAGCAUAUCACGAAAGUAAGAGCGAUAAAUUCCGUCAGUUAUUGGCCAGUAAAAUCAGUGCACCUGUUGGUAAUGUGGAAGUUAUAAGCGUGAUGAAUAAUGGAGAAUAUACCGAUGUGAGAUAUACAGCUCACGGCUCACCUUAUUAUGAUGCUAGUAAAACUGAUAGUGUUGUUUAUCUCAAUAAGAAACAGUUUGAAGAUGAAUUAGGAAUAAUGAUAGCUAUGGUACCUAUUGAUGAAUGUAGAGAUGAGAAAUUCGAAGCUGGUUGUUAUAAUUACUUGAAUAUAACAGGAGGACCAGCCAUGGUCAAUACAAAUAGUACCUCGUUCGUUGGCGUUGAGACGUAUAUUCAAGCUCUGGAAGGUUGUCGAGCCCUCGUGUUCCCCGAUCCAUACCAAUGUUCACCAGAUUAUUGUUAUAAUGGAGGGGAAUGUAUCACAGAUGAUUGGAAGGGAAUAUCCUGUAAAUGUCCAAUAGGAUACGAUGGUCCACGAUGUCAGGGUACACAUCAUGGUUUCGAUGGGAAUAGUUACGCCCUGUUUAAACCAUUCGAACAAUGUAAAGACAGUAUAACUAGUAUAGAUAUAAUAACCCAACAAGAAGAUGGACUAAUCUUCUAUAACGGACCAGAUUCCGAACUCGGUCUUGACGAACCAACAGACUUCAUAUCUCUAGAAUUAAUCAAAGGUUAUCCUCUUCUACGUAUUGAUCACGGUACUGGAGAAUUACAGCUGCAGAUAAACGGUAGAAACAAAGAUGGCGCCGUCAGGUUACAAGCUUUGAAUGAUGGGAAAUGGCAUCAUAUUGAUAUUAUUAGAGAAGGAAGGAACGUUCAGUUAAUUGUUGAUAGAUGUGAAGUUGUCGAGCGUAAAAAUGAGAUAGCGAUUGAUGAUGAGGCUUGUCGUAAAUUCGGUGAAACACCUAAUGCCAAUAUGUUCCUGAAUGUUAACACUAUGUUGCAAAUAGGAGGGCGUGCCCAAGCUAACCCUCAGUUUGAACCUGUGGGAAUAACAUCGUCAAAGUUCAACGGCUGUGUUAAAAAUCUCCGACAUAAUGGACAGAUCUAUAAUUUACAUAUUGGCGGUACGCCUGGUUAUCCAUCUGGUGAGAACGGCUGUCGAAAGGAAGAAGAUAUCUGUGGACUUAACAGUAUAACUGGACCCGUCUGUGGUGAAAAUGGCAUUUGCAUAUCGUCAUGGACACCACCAGAUAAAACCUGUAUUUGUAAACCAGGGUUCUUCGGGGUCAAAUGUCAGUCAGAGGCCACCACUAAAGAUUUAAGGAUUAACAGUUAUCUAAUGUGGCAGCUCCAUAAUGCAUUCUUCAAUAAUAUAACACCAUGGAAACUACAGAAACAGUUAAUGUUCCGUACUAGAGACAGGAAUGGUAUUCUAAUGACUGUUUCUACCACAGACAAUUCAAAACAUGUUACUCUUGAGGUUUAUGAAGGUAAUGUUCGUGUCAAGUAUGAAAUGGGCAACAGUCAAAAAGAACAAUUUUUAACAAUAGAGAAUACAACCGUAAGUGAUGGGCGUUGGCAUGUGAUUGAGUUACAGCGAUAUGGUAAAAUGUUUAUAUUGAAGUUGGAUGAAGGAGAGGGUAGAAACUAUAAAUAUACCAUGGGAAAACCAGGCGACCAUGAGGGUAUUAAUAUAAAGAGAUCAGUAUUUGCUGGUGGAGAUCUUACGUCUAAUAAUCAAGUCUAUGGUGAUCUAACAGAUUCCUGUAUGCGAGAUGUACGAAUGGAAAAUGGUUGGUUUCCUAUGGAUAUGACAGACAAUGAUAAGAGUACCACAGCUGAAUUAAAACGAUCUGUACAAGUCAAUAAUGAAUGUAAAAGAGAAGACUGCCUUGGUGUAACGUGUCCUGGUAUGAAAAUAUGUUAUCCAUUGUGGGGAACUUAUGAAUGCAGAUGUCCUGAUGGUUAUAAAGAUGUAGAUGGUUUGUGUCAGGAGAUAGAUUUCUGUGAAGACAACGAAUGUGUAACCGGAACCUGUGAUUCUAAGAUGGGCAUGUGUAGAUGUCCUCCAGGAUGGACCGGUACUCUAUGUAAUGAGAGAGAACCGGAACCAGUUGUAGCUGGACUAACAACAGGAGCUAUUGUUGCUAUUGUUGUCUCAAUAUUUAUAGCUUUAAUUGUUGCAUUGGUUGUGAUAUUUUUGGUCCAGUUUUCUAAACGACCUAAAGACAGUGAUAAAUAUAUACUAGAAGUUGACCCUGAUGAUGAUAUAAGGGAAAAUGUUAUGAAUUAUGAUGAAGAAGGAGCAGGUGAAGAAGAUCAUGAUGCAUUUGAUAUCAGUAGAUUACAGAAACCCGAUGAAUCCAUGUCAAUGGGUAAAUCUCCAUUAACUGCUGCUCCACGUAGAUAUGUGCCCCAUCUUGGACGUGCCCCAAGACCUGGUGAAGAUCCCGACGUUGGUGGAUUUAUUGACGAUCGUUUAGGUGAUGCUGAUGAGGAUCCUAAUGCUCCACCUGCAGACAGUGUUUGUGAAUACGCUUACGAAGGUGGAGGAAGUGAUGCAGGAUCUCUGAGUUCUCUAAACACCACGUCUAGUGGUGGUGAUCAGGACUAUGACUAUCUCAAUGAUUGGGGACCAAAGUUUGCUAAGUUAGCAGAUAUGUACGGUGCUGGACAGAAUACUGAUAGCAAUGCCUAAUCCAAGUCCAUAUUUUAAACGGUGAUAGAAUAUAUAUAUAAUAUAAGUGAAGAGAGAAAAAAGGAAUAAUAUUUUAUAACAAUAAUUUCUAAUGAUUCCUUGUGAAUGUGUGUGAUUCCAAUAUUCUAUUCAAUUCCAUCGUUCGAUAUUCAAGUUAUUUGAAAUUAACUACAGUUUAAUCAAGAUUCUGGAUUUGGAUUGUGCUCAACUUUGAAAGCAUAAAUUGACAUUUUGCUUGCAGCAUCUGAGGCAGAUGUCGGAUAUUUCUACAUACAUAUCAGGGAUCAGUGUGCUCAGCUAUCCAAGUUGAUAAUCAUUUACAUGGAAACCAGCUUCAAACAGGAUCAAAAAUAUCCCCUCUGCUAUAGAUUUGUAUGUUGUUUAGAUAUAUUUUGUAAUAAUAAUAAAUAUAAUUAAUCGGAAAUUAAUUAACGUCAUUUAAUUAAUAUGGUUGUAUAUAGAUAUUUGAGAUAACUAUUAAAUAUUCAGUGUUGUGAAACUUUAGUAAGGCCACACUAAUUUCCUUUUCAGUUUUUUGGGGUUUUGAUAAAUAAGAUGUUUUAAAUUUCAAACUUAUGGGAAGGAUGUUCUGUUUAAAAUUUCAAAACUUAAAAUUUUGGAAUCCAAAGCUUUUGAAUAUUGCAACCAAGUACUUUUGGUUUUUAAAUUAGUCUUUUUCCGGAAAAAGAUAAAAGGCAAAAUUUUAACAGGACGUUCCCAAAGAACAGAAAAACAAAAUGGUGUGGCCUAGCCAGAAUAUAGUAAUGUUUAUUAAUAAUAUUUAAAUUGAGGAACCAACUGAAUUUGGAUGUCUCAAAAAGAACUAGCCAAUCUUUUUUUUACUUAUUUAAUAUAGAGUAGAGGAAUUGGAAAAUAAUAUGUAACUUUUUAUUGUUCAGUAAUUUUAAAUUUGUUAUUCCAUAGUCGAGGAAAACACAUAAUUUUUGAUAAUGUAUUCACAGUUUAAAGGCUCAUUCUUCAUAAUUUACACUCUUUAAGAAGGGUGUUCAUUUCAUUCAUUGCUACUAGUUAAUUGUAUUAUAUUCUAUUUUUAUAUUAAAUAUAUGGUGUACUCUUAAAGGGACAGUCAGGCAAUGUAAAUUAUGGAAUAAAAUUAAUUCAACUUAAAAAUAUGCAGAUCAGUUUAAACUAGUUUGUUAUUCUGUAAAUUGAAAGUAAAUUUUGGAGGAAAUUUCUAAUUUCAUCUUUUAAAAGACAUAUUAUCUUGCUUUAAAAUACACACUCCAUAUUCACAAAAACCUGAACUAAAAUAGCUUAACAAUUUAGAUCUUUUAUUGGUCAAGAGCUCAAAUGUUAACUCCCAAGAGCUCAAAUUUUAACUCCAAUCAUUGCAAAUUCUGUAUCUUUAAAAUAUCUUAGUUCAAGUUUUUGUGAAUAAGGCUCCUGAAGUUCAAAGAAUGAUCUGGAAGUGGAAAAUCUGAGGAAAUUGGACAAGUUUGUCAAACCAGGUCUUUUCAUAAGGUUAUAAAACGGAACUGUCCCUUCAAGGAUACCGAAAGAUAGUAUAAGCAUGACAACGUGACCAGUACAUGACAUAUAUCACUUAAAAACAACUAGAUCAUUUUAGUAUAAAAUUCUUGAAUAUUGUAUGAACGCAAGUUUCACAAUAUGUAUCUGAUGCAUAUCUUUGAGAGUUUUGACGAUUUUAAUUGAAGUUUAUUAUGUGCUAUAUUUCUAAUCAUAAGUUUGGUUGAGAUCAUUUUAGUAUAAAAUUCUUAAAUCUUGUUUAAAGCUUAUAGUUAAAUGUAUCUGAUACACUUCUUUUGCGAGUUUUAAGAAUUUUAUGUGCUAUAUUUGUAAUCAUAAGUUUGGCUUUCUAUAUACUUUGCUUCAUUUUUUUUCUAUUAUUAUUAUAUAUAAUAUCCAUAUGUAUAUAUAAUCAAGAUUCAUGUUAAUUUAAAUGAUUUCAAGUCUAUGUCUUUGCCGCAGCAAGUUUAUAAACAAUUCCAUUAUUUAAACUUUUUGGACCAAUCAAAAGACAUCAGAUGUCAUUUCAUAUUCAAAUUUUAUUCAUCUCACUUCCAAAAAAAAAGCAUAAUAACACCAAAUAUGGAGAUGGUAUGGUGGUAAGUGAAAUAAAUUAUAUAUUUUUGGAGCCAAUGAAAACCAUUAACUUACCACUCUAAAUAAAACCCUCUUAAUCGGGAGUUUUGUUGGAGAUGCCCAUUUCUACAAAUUAACAAAAUUAUGGAAUGCUUUGACCAACAAACAACAAAAUUAUGGCAAUAGAAUAAAGACAUUUUUUGUGGAAAUAGUUAACCAUAUUAUUGUUGAAUUGAAUGAAAAGGGUAGGAGAAUAUUUGAUAAAACAGAGAGACCAUGCUGCAGCCAAGACCGAGACAUUAAAAAUCCUAAUAUUUUGUAAAUUAUACUUGUAAAUAAAGCAUAUAAAUAUUAUACAUAUUAUACAUAUUGUAUGAUAUUGUUGUCGAUUCAAUUUUAAUGGUUUACUAUGUGAAGUUAUAUAUAUAGUGUUAGUGACGCGGUUUGACGUGAUCUAGGUUUUUGUAUGAAGAAUUGAUGACAAAUCUGUGGAAAAGUUCUCAUAAAUUUAUAUACUUUUAAAAAUACUGUAAUUUAUUCAUUAGAUGAUCAUAUCAUAAAGUUAAUUAAUAAUAAAAACCAACAUUGAUCUGUUUAUAUUUAGUGAAGUAUCUUUUGAAAAGAUAAAUAUUAAAUAUGUUAUUAAGGCCAAACCAUUUUAAUUUUCAGUUCUUCGAGGCCUUGAUAAAUAAAUAGCCACUUCUAAAAAUCACGGGAACGAUGUUUUGUUUGAAAUUUCAAAAAUUAAAACUUUGGAAGUAAAAGCACAACCAUGUACUUUUGAUUUUAAUUAGGCUUUUCCCUAAGAAAUAAGAAGCAAGAGUGCCCCAAACAAAACAUCUUUCAAGAGACUUUUUAUUUAUCAAGGCCUCGAAGACCAGAAAAUUAAAUUGGUGUGGCCUAUAAAAGAUUGUUUUAAACAUUUGUUUCUAGAGACCAACUGUGAUACAGAAACAAAGAUUAUAUCUUAUCCAUCCUGUGAAAAUAUUACACAUAUCAUUAAUGCAACGACUAAUAGAUCUGAUAUCAGGUCUGGAAAUAAAGGCUUUAGGAGUACGUGACAAAAUAUCGGGCACUAAAUGAUUCUCAGUAGUCUCAUUCCGUUCCACUCCACUAACCCCAGGAUUCAUUCAUGGGGGAGACAUGUAAUUUAAUUCAAAUGUGCUAUUUUUAUUGACCAAUCAAAAAUUUGUUAAAUACAAAGUAGGUUUGCAAAGGGAAGUAACUCUCAUCUUUUUGCAACAACAAGAAUCAAGGGCAAAUAAUUUGAAUAUGUGAAUACCCAAUGGAUGAACCAAGGGUAUAAUGGAAUAGAACCUAGUGAGACCACUGGGUAUACCGAGGAUGUAAUAAACUAGUUUUUGACUUUGUGUCAGAUUUGUAUUAAUAAUGUUAAUAAAAGACAAAUCGGUUCCGGACAAAAUGACAGGCUCCUUAGAUUUUGUGCUUGACUUUGUCAAUGUUUAAUAAAAAAAGACAAAUCGGUGCCAGACAAAAUGACAGGCUCCUUAGAUUUUGUGUCGGACAUUGUCAAUGACAGAAAGUUACUUUAUUUCCAGAUCUGUUUGUAAUAUGAACUUACUGCCCAAAAUAGGUACCGGUAAUACUAAAUUUACAGUUCCAAUAUGAUUUCUGUUUCCAAGGUGAUUAAUAAUUCAAAUUAAUGAUAUUGGUAAAAUAACUGAUGUUUUUCUAAAUAAGAUUUAGCAAAAUUAUAAACUAAAAUAACUUAAGGGUGUGGUCUUUUCAUUGGUUACAAGUAUUAGCUGUUACCCAAUAAAAAGGCUGCUUUCUUAAAAUAGCAACGUUUAUAUUUUAGUGAAUAUCUUUAUAUUUUAGUGAAUAUCGCCCCCACCCCCAUUUGUAUGAUAUUGACAAAUGCUCGGUAAAGAAAUGAUCAGUAAAUAGAACUUCUGUUAACACGUGGAACGAAUUCGAGACCUCCAUGUUAGCGAGCCAGCAUUUUAUUUAAUGCUCCUCCGCGGCUCCAGAUCUUAUAAGAUUCAAAGCAGUGAAAUCGAACUUCUGUUAAUGUACGAUUGUAUGAUUUUGCUAGAGACCUGUAAAUUGUAUAUUUUCUACACUUUAUGCUAAAUGAAACCAUCCACGGAUAAAUGAGAUAAACUUUAAUGGUUGUGAAAUCAAUAUUUAUAAUCAUUCAUAAUCAAUCAUAUACAAUCUUCAUUUCCUGUCAUUUUUUUCAAAUUUUUUUUAAUAAAACCAUAUAAAUCAAUAA